CUCUCUGUCUAUACUUGUGCAGUGGUGGAUGAUGACGGUGGUGGAUGGAUGAGGCGCACAAAGGACAUAUGGGGACAUAAGUCAUUGCCUGCGAUUCGUGUGCUUCAUCGGUUUGAAACCUGGAUGAUCAUGCAUCGAAGCUCAGUCGCUACGAAAUACAUCCCUAUUCUUGCCUGACUGUUCGGGCGGUACGAGAUACGGACUGGGAUGCAUGGCGUGCUCUCUUUUCGCUGCCUGCCUGCCUGCCUGGUAUCGUGUGUAACAAAUGCCAGAUCGGUUGAGAGACAGAGUACAUCGCAUCGUAGGUGUGUUGGUUCUGUACGUUCGUGCGUAUGUGUAGGUCGACAUACGUAGUAGGUCUGUUUUGUCUAGUGAUAGGGUUCUCGAUGCGGAGGGAAUGCAUCAUUUGUUCACGAUUAUUCUGCCAAAGGCACGGGCGUCUCCACGUGUGUAUGCAUCAGAACGCACACGAAAAACCAUCCGUCCUCUCCCCAGUCGGUCGUCCUUGAGCGAAGCAGACUGGGUGGCUCCUCUCCUUAGCUGAGCUGUCCGCAGUCCUUGAUGACCACCUUCAUAGUCGGCCGCCCACUCUUGCUGCCCGCCGCCUCGAUGUUAUCCACCACUGCCUGCAUCACACGCACAUGUGAUGGAAGACACAGUGAUGGUGUGUGGAGGUGUGUGUGAGUGUGUGGGAAUGAAUACCUGUCCUUCCACGACCUCCCCAAAGACGGUGUGUCUGCCGUCGAGCCAGGGGCACUCGACCGUCGUAAUGAAGAACUGAGAGCCAUUUGUGUUGGGACCUGCACCCACACACAGACGUGCACACGCCAUCCAUCCAUCCAUCACCCAAGGCGUGCCUUGCCAUAUGAGCUACUAUAGGUACCUGCGUUAGCCAUGCUGAGCAGGCCUCUCUUGGUGUGUUUCUUGGUGAAACUACACAUAACAAUCACACACACACGUCCACAGCAGACCCGGUGCGCGCCGCGCCCCUUCCGCCCGGCUCGCACUUCUCAUCUGGGAAGGUCCGGCCAUAGAUACUUUCCCCGCCCGUCCCGUUGCCGGCAGUGAAGUCGCCUCCUGCACGGCACACCAUACACAAACAACAUAAGGAUGGAUGUGUGGACAAGUUGAUGACGCCCCUGACCUUGGCACAUGAACUGGGGUAUGAUUCUGUGGAAGGAGGAGCCCUUGUAGUGCAGCGGCUUGCCGGACUGACCCACUCCCUUCUCGCCCGUGCACAACGCGCGAAACUGGGGGCCACCACAGACAGACAGACAGACAGACAGACAGAGAUGGAUGGACGGAUGGAUGGACAAUACAGCCACGUGAAUGCGUUGAUGCGUACGUUUUCGGCGGUUUUGGGCACGGUGUCUGCGUAGAGUUCGAAGACGAUCCUGCCCGCCUCGAAGUCAUUGAUGGAGAUGUCAAAGAAAACCUUCGGGUUCUGACAGUCCGACGUCAGACAGACACGACAGUCACGUGAAUGAAUGGAUCGGUAGAUCUGUGCAGCGCAUGAUCUCACGGCCAUCUGCAGCGUCGUGCUCCCUCCCCGCACCCUCGAAUGCUGCAACAUCACACCCACACACCGACAGACGGACAGAUCAAACACACGGCGCAACCGACCGGAUCUAUCUACCACUCCUUCACUGUGCAAAAUGAAGGGUGGUUCUAUCUCUCUGCGCAUACCCUCGCGCGCAUCUUGGUGACGAGCAGUCCAGGAGUGGCAAAGGCAUCGCAUGAUGAAGACAAGAUCAGCGACACUGCGGCCAGCAGGGCUGUACCAGACUUCAUUUGCAGACCAGAUCUGAUUCGUGCCUUUUCC